UUAAGAUACAAGACAGAGAGAGAGAGAGAGAGAUCAUAAUGGAGAAGCAAAAUGAAGUUGUUCUGUUUGGCACAUGGGCCAGCGCCUUCUGCAAGAGAGUUGAGUUAGCCCUUAAAAUCAAGGGCAUACCUUAUGAGUACGUAGAAGAAGAUCUAACAAAUAAGAGUGAGUCACUCCUCCACUACAACCCUGUACACAAGAAGGUACCUGUACUUGUUCACAAUGGCAAACCCAAUUCUGAGUCACUUGUAAUCCUCGAAUACAUAGAUGAGUGCUGGAAUAACACACCAAAACUACUGCCAGAGGAUCCUUACCAAAGGGCUAAAGUUCGCUUUUGGGUCAACUUUGUUGAUCACCAGAUUAUGGCAAGACUCUUACCCAUCAUCAUGUCUAGAGGCGAAGAGAGAGAGAAAGCAAUCAAAGAAUUCAACGAGUUGCUAAAGGUGUUUGAAGAAGGAAUCAAAAAGGAUUUUCCAGAAGAAUUUCCUUUCUUUGAACGCAAGUCCUUGGGAUAUCUUGAUAUUGUUGUGGGCUCUCAUUUUUGCAACUACGAAGCUUUUCAUGAGGUUGUUGCUGUGGUUUUUAGCCCUGAAAAGAACCCAGCAAUUAUGGCAUGGUUGGAAGCUCUAAAAAACCAUCCAUUGAUGAAGGAAAUGCUCCCACCUCAUGACAAGUUGGUUGCUGAGAUGAGAGGAAAGUAUUUGGGCCAAUCUCCUUGAGUUUGAUCCUUAGGCUAAAGGAAAUCCUAAAUAUACUAGCUACUUAAAUAAAAGGGUUAUGAAUAUCCUAUGGUGUUUAUCGAAUAAUGGAUAUGUAAAAAAACCACUUCUUAUUGUAUAAUUUUUUUUUAAUGAAUAAAAGACAUUAUUAACAAGUGAAAAAGUAAAACACUAUAGAGGAUCAAGCCUCAAUCUUGAUAACAAACUCAAAACAAGAGGGAUAGCUACCCAAAUCAAAAGAGCCAAAAACAUUACACUUAAGAGACCAUUUAGCUAAAGUAUGAGCUGCUACAUUUGCUAAAUUCUUGACAUCGGCAUUUCAUUGUUACGAUAUAGUUUAAGUUUUAACUAUACGAGCUUGUGGUGUAUUUCAAUUGAAAGUUUAGUAAUAAUGACAUUUUUUUUUUUUUGGUAGUACUCCAUAUCUGUCCCCCUCCCCUACUAAAUACCUAUAUGAACGUGUGUGAUCCAAAAAUAAAUAAACAUUCCUAGUCAAGAGAACUCCAUAUGGCUGAGUGGAAAUUGUGGAAUCAGUUAAUAGCUUGGACGAAGGCCUUGGUUUACUUCCACUGCAUUCACAUUAGAUCUUGGCUCAUCUUUACUACUAUAACAAUUGUAAUGCUGAAGCCUAUACAUUUUUCCUGCUUCUUUAUCUAAUUAUAAAAACUGUAUAACACAUGGAUCCUAGAUCUCUAAUGGGUCAACCUCAUCAAUUUCCUGGUCAGCUUCCUCAACCAAAUAGAAAAAACUAGUUGACCUAAAAGAUAAAGAUGAUUGAAAGAUAUUUCUCAUAUGAACUCUUUAAAUUAAGGCUUUUCAGAAUCUAAAAGAAAGCCAACUGAGAGAGAGAGAAUGGAGGAGAAGAAAGGUGAAGUUGUCCUGUUUGGAACAUGGGCCAACGCAUUCUGCACUAGAGUUGAGCUAGCCCUCAAACUAAAAGGCAUACCCUAUGAGUAUGUAGAGAAAGA